UCAACCAGCAGCACCACAGCCUCGCGGUCCAACGAUGUCUUUGUAGCUCAGCUAGCUUUGAACUUAUAUAGCACCGAUUAAAUAAAAAAACAACAGCAAAAAAAACCCCAACCUUAUCUGGCGGACACCGCUUUGCUUAAACAGAAUUUUCUUUGCUUCCAGCACCGGGCUCUCCUUGGGGGAGAAAAGGCGCCUAGUGGGGCUUCAGUGUGGGAAAAGGUGGGGUGGUGUCGGGCGUGGUAGCGAGAGAAGAAAAAAACUAAUCUUUGUUAGAAAAAACUUCAAAAAGUAGCAGUCACAAUGUCGCUGUCGGUACCGCAGAACGGAGUAAAGGCGGAUAACGAGCCCGUUAUCGAGCUGUUUGUGAAGGCGGGAAGUGAUGGCGAGAGCAUCGGGAACUGCCCCUUCUCCCAGAGGCUGUUCAUGAUCCUUUGGCUUAAAGGAGUCGUCUUCAAUGUCACCACAGUGGACCUUAAGAGGAAGCCUGCAGAUCUUCAGAAUCUGGCCCCAGGCACGCACCCACCCUUCAUCACCUUCAACGGCGAGGUCAAAACCGACGUCAAUAAGAUCGAGGAGUUCCUUGAGGAUGUCCUCUGCCCACCCAAGUUCAUCAAGCUUGGUGCAAGACACCCUGAGUCUAACACAGCUGGUAUGGACAUCUUUGCCAAGUUUUCAGCCUUUAUCAAGAACUCAAAACCAGAUGCAAAUGAAGCUCUGGAGCGUGGGCUGCUGAAGACUUUGCAGAAGCUGGAUGAGUAUCUUCGCUCACCACUGCCCGACGAGAUCGACCACAACAGCAUCGAAGACGUCAAGGUUUCCAACCGCAAGUUCUUGGACGGAGAGGAAAUGACUCUGGCCGACUGCAACCUGCUGCCCAAGCUGCACAUAGUCAAAGUGGUGGCCAAGAAGUACAGAGGCUUCGACAUCCCCAAAGAGAUGACGGCCAUCUGGAAGUAUCUGAACAACGCUUACACACGCGAAGAGUUCACCAACACCUGCCCCAGCGACAAAGAGAUCGAGAUCGCCUACGAAGGCGUGGCCAAGAGGCUGGUCAAAUAAGCUCCUCUGUCCCGACAUCCUCCUCCCAUCCCUCACCCCACAUCCCCCCUUCACCUACCCCUCACACACAAAUCCCAACCCCUCCUCUCCCCAGCACCGGGACUGAAGUGCUCAUUCACGAGAAAGAAAAACUCUGGACAUCUUUUCCUUCUCUUCUACCCCCAGCGCAUGAACCCUCCUCGAUCUUUUUUUUUUUUUUUUUUUCCUCCUCCUUGUCCGAUUACGUGAAGAUCUCUUUUAGUUGAUUCAGCAGAGGUCACUAUUGUUCCAUCUUUCAAGCAUUAAUCGCCUUUCUCUUUCGUUUGCCGAUGAAUGUUGCGAGGUGUUUUUUGAGAUGCAGAGGCAACGGAGAAGCAAGCCAGUCAACGUGUAUCAGUGCUUAUCAGUGUCGGGAGCCAAACUCCCGAUAAGUGACCUUCAAGCUGACCUUCUCUGUGUAUGCAGGGGGAAAAGGUUGCAAGCUGUUGUUAAUUUCCUGUUUGUCUGUUUAAUACUGAAAUUGCUCUUCUUUCUAGGAUCGCUAUAAAAAAGAAAAGAACACUGAGAAGCAGGUUUUUUUUCUGUCUUUUGGCUUUUAUUAAGAAGCGUUGUAAACAGUGUUGAAGCUUCAGUGUUUCUGGCUCAAGUAUUAGACAGGUGUAAGUAGAAGCUGAAGCUAACCCAAAACCUGACUGGUUGACAUAUCAAGUGAGUGAUGCUUUAUUUUAAUGUCGAGCUUGUUUAAAGUAAGUCAGCGUAAUUGUUAACUGCAGGUAAAGCUACCUGGCGUCCACUCUCUGAUUUCUUUACUGCCUCAAACGGGGCAAAACUCUUGUAGCUCAAACUCAGUAGAAUUGUAGGAAAUGAUCUGUACCGGCUGCAGAAGUAUCAACUCAGGAACAAUAUAACCUGAGCUCUAAGAAAUAUUCAUCCAUAUGUAGCUCACACACCUGUUUGAGGAUGUACAGAUGCCCAGGCUGGCCUUUUUUUUUUUUUUUUAAAUUAAUCACCACAUUGCCAUAGAAAAUGUCCAAAUCUGAGUAGCACAGAAAAGUGAGCCGACUCCUCUCUUGUGAAGCAUGAAGGAAGUCCACGCUUGCAUCUUGCUGACAGUAGCAGUAGUUUUAAUUUCAUACUGCGGACCAAAAAAAAAAGGGGCACAUUAUUCUGAUCUCACUGUGGAUAGGAUGACUCUGGCUGUGUAAACUAGUAAAGUACAUAAAUAAAAAGAAACCUCACACUGUUUCUCCAUAGAAUACAGAUUGAAGGACUGAAAUGUGCGUUCAUGCGCCAGUAAAGACGACACUAAAGAUAUUUAUGACAAAACAAAUCGAGGAGAGUAGCAACGGUCGAAGUCCACGUCAUCGUCAGCAUAUAGAUUGAUCCUCCAUGUAGUGAAUGUAUGUUACGAUACAGUAGCUCCAAAAGUGCUUUAGUGCAGACAAAGCAAAACCUGUUUUUGUUUUCUCCCGUCUGCCAUGUUUUUCCGGACACUUUGUUAUGAGACGAAUUUGAUUUAAAAAAAGGAAUUGUACAUAUUUGUUUUGCUCAGAAUUCAUUGUGUAAAUUUUAUACAUGUCAUCAGAUUUUUGAGGAAACCGAGGCCGUUCUUUGCCUGCUUGGAUUUAGAAUUUUUUAGAUUGAAGCAUCUCCUGUUUGCCUUACCUGGUUUUCUCUCUGCGGAUUUUUUGCAGGAAGGUUUUUUGUGUUGUUUUUUUUCAAAGAUCAUUUCAUUACAACAUGAGUGACGUUGUACAAAGAAAAUAUCCAGGCUAUGUCAGGCUUUUUUUUUUUUUUUAACAAUAUUGACCGAAAUGAAAUAAACUUCUUAUUGGCACUUGUG